AUGGCCGUACCAGCGACCAAGUUGUCAUCGGGUUACGAAAUGCCCAUGGUUGGCUUGGGUACCUGGCAAAGCAAACCAGGGGAGGUGGGUAAAGCGAUCGAAACGGCACUGAGCGCCGGCUACACCCUUAUCGAUUGUGCAUGGGUAUACGGUAAUCAGGUAGAGAUUGGCGAAACGCUCAAGAAGCUCUUCUCCACGACCUAUGAUAGAGAAAACAUCUUCAUCACAUCGAAAGUGUGGAACACAUUCCACUCAGCGCAAGCCUGUGAGAGAAAGCAAAUGCAUAUACUCAGUCGAAAUCUUACUGUAACUCCAUUGUGUGAAGAGAAGGAUUCGUGUGCAGAAGCGCUCUUGUGA